AGCGCCGGCUGUGCGGUUCCCGCCAAUUCUUGCGGUAAUCCUGCCGGGGCUGAGUACUGUGCUCCAUGGAGGCGUUUGAUCCCGCGGAGCUGCCGGAGCUGCUUAAGCUUUAUUACCGGAGGCUUUUUCCCUACUCCCAGUACUAUCGCUGGCUCAACUAUGGCGGAGUAAUAAAGAAUUACUUUCAACACCGUGAAUUUUCAUUCACGUUGAAAGAUGAUAUUUACAUUCGCUACCAAUCCUUCAACAACCAGAAUGAUCUGGAAAAGGAGAUGCAGAAAAUGAAUCCAUAUAAGAUUGAUAUAGGCGCGGUAUAUUCUCACAGACCCAAUCAACAUAAUACAGUGAAGCUGGGAGCUUUCCAGGCUCAGGAAAAAGAACUGGUGUUUGACAUUGACAUGACAGAUUAUGACGAUGUGAGGAGAUGCUGUAGUUCUGCAGACAUAUGUUCUAAGUGCUGGACGCUCAUGACCAUGGCCAUACACAUCAUUGACCGAGCAUUGAAGGAGGACUUUGGAUUUAAGCAUCGCCUCUGGGUAUAUUCUGGAAGAAGAGGUGUUCAUUGUUGGGUCUGUGAUGCAUCAGUCAGAAAAUUGUCCUCUGCUGUACGUUCAGGGAUAGUUGAGUAUUUGAGUCUUGUAAAGGGUGGUCAAGACGUUAAAAAGAAAGUUCACCUAAGUGAAAAAAUUCACCCUUUUGUCAGAAAAUCUAUAAACAUAAUAAAUAAAUACUUCGAGGAAUAUGCCUUGAUUGAUCAGGAUAUUCUUGGAAAUAAAGAAAGCUGCGAUAAGAUUUUAGCCCUGGCUCCUGAAACAAUUCAUGAUAAGCUUCAGGAAGCCUUCCAAAACUGUCACAAUUCACUUCAGCGUUGGGAGGAAGUGAAGAAAAUAGCCAGAUGUCCGAAUAACAUCAAAAAUAACAAAUGUGGACCCUGGCUUGACUGUGAGAUCAUGCUCCAGUACUGUUUUCCACGACUGGAUAUCAAUGUUAGCAAAGGAAUCAAUCAUUUGCUGAAGAGCCCUUUUAGUGUUCAUCCUAAAACAGGUCGAAUUUCUGUGCCUAUUGAUUUACAGAAAGUGGAUCAGUUUGAUCCAUUUACUGUUCCAACCAUAAGUUCCAUCUGCCAUGAAUUAGAUGCCAUUUCCACUAAUGAAAAGGAAAAAGAAGAGAAUAAAUCUGAAUCCGAUAUCAAACAUAGAACCAAAGAUUAUAAGAAGACCAGUCUAGCUCCUUAUGUAAAAGUUUUUGAACAGUUUCUUGAAAACCUGGAUAAAUCCCGAAAAGGAGAACUUCUCAAGAAGAGUGAUUUACAAAAAGACUUCUGAAGAUAACAACUCUCCUCCAACCAAUAUGGAUAACUUCUACCUUCAACGAAGAAUCAAAUGCUUCAAGUCAUCUAAUAAAUGUGGCAAACCAUG